AUCUAAGGCACCGUUAGUUUUAUUAUAUCAUCAAUAAAACUCAAUCAAUGGUUAAAUGUGAUGAUGAUGUUGUCCGAUAACAACUAUACCAACAACUACUAUACCAACAACAAUAACUAUACAAACAAUAACUAUACAACUAUUGUGAUACCGGUGCUACUACUGCAGCAGCAGCAGCACCCGGAUCAUCAUAACCUCCACCACCACAACCAACAACAACAGGCCAGUAGUUUUGAACCGUCAACAACAACAACGGGAACAACAGCAACGGGAACACACCUACAACUAGUUCAGGAUAUUGUUAUACUCAUACUGUACGGCCUGACCACUGGUGUCGGCGUAUUUGGUAAUUCAUUGGUUUGUUAUGUAGUGUUCAGCCGGCCGACAAUCAGUACAACCUAUAUAUUGAUCGGCAAUUUGGCCAUCAGUGACAUAUUGGGAUCAUUGUCUAUACCAGGUCAAUGGCUGCUAUGUUCGUACGGCAUACUAGACGGUUACGGCGAUAAAGGUUGCGGACUGGCCAAAUCGGGUCAAAUACUAUCCUAUUAUGUAUCGACAUUUACAAUGACCGUAAUAGCCUACGACCGGUAUCUGGUCGUCCAGAAACCGCUAGCUCGGCGACUCAGGCCAACCCUACCCAUAGCCACCGUAUGGACACUGUCGGCCCUGUGCUGUCUACCGUCGAUGACAUCGAUGAGGAUCUGGGAGUUUUUCGGCCCCCGACGCCUCAUCUACUGUCGCAUUGUUUUCGUUACCCAAUCCCUAUCACCUCAUAUAUCGACUGCCGGUUUCCGCCAGUUUAGGGCCGCCUUUGUUAUGGUCACCCAAUAUGCUAUACCACUGUCCCUAUCGACAGUGUUGUACGUGUUUUGUAUGAUUAAGAUUGUUUCCCGAAAACGGAUCGGUGCCGUUACCGCACAACAGUCCCGACUGUUUAGCCGAUCCAAGCGCCGGACCAUUCAAAUGUUGACACUGGCCCUCAUGGCAUUCGCACUGGCCUGGCUACCUGUCCACCUGAUACACUUAGUUGACUUUUACAUAACACCCCUGCUGGCCACCGAUUGCAAUUCAUCCCAAUACUACCUGUUUUUCUAUUGGCUGGCCAUUAGCUCCUGUUGUUUCAAUCCGUUUAUCUACUGUUAUCUGAAUCAGGAUUUCCGUACAGCCGGUAGACGUUGGCUUCGGCUGGUAUUAUGUUUGGAUAGUUCCCAGUGGUGUUGGCACCGGUAUGGCAAUUGGUGGCGACAUCAUUGGCAGCACCGGCGGCAGCAGUCACUGGACAGCCAACAACAGCACUGUAUCGUCAAUCAGCUGAUUGAUGACAACCAGUCCUCGUCGUCUAAACAUAGGACUCGUAGUCAAACAAUCACCAGUUCCUCGACAACAACAACUACCGGUUCCUCAAUAUUUUAUCUCAAUAUCGAUGACAGUCCUACUACUGAUUGGGACAGUCAGUCAGUCAGUCAAUCAGUGUUCAACUAA